UUUUCAUAUGUGUACUGAAUUUAAUUUUAUAAAUAGUUAAACUAAGAUGAUAUAGACAUCCCCUAGACUAUAUUUGAGAAGUGAUUUUUAAAAAUUUGCUUACAUGUCAUCUCUACAAAGACUCUCACAAAAAAAAAGAUAACAUGGCACACUUAAAUAGAUGACAUGGCUUAUGAAAAAGAUGACAUGGCUUGUGAAUACUUAAAACUAUAACAUUAUUCCCCGAAGGAAAACUAUAUGGAAAAUAUAUGAUUCCUAUAUUCAAUCAAUAUGGAAAAUAUAUUAUUCAUAUAUUCAAUGACGUGAAUGUUAUAUAUAUAUCAUUCAUAUUACCUUGCAAUAAUUAUUUAACAAAAAGCUUUAGGCCAUGUCGUCUCACACACCUAAAAAAAAUUCUUCUUCUCUUUUGACCAACACUUAUUCAGCUGAGGAAAAACUCAAACCCCUGCAGAUUCCUAUCGACGAUGAUAAAGAAUACAUCGAAGCUAUUAAAGAAGCAAGUUUUUGGUGUUCAGCAAAGUGUCUUCGUCAACUGUUUUGUACAAUGUUGCUUUCAAAUAAUACCAUAACUCCAGAAAACAUAUGGAAUGCUACUUGGAAAAUACUAUCAACAGAUAUAUCAUGUAACGAAAGGAAAAAAAUGGAUGAUACAAGUAAGAUCCUUUUUUUUCGAAAAAAGGAGGAUAAGUAAUACUAAUUAAAUUUCAUUAUAAUGCUCAAUGCUUAUAAUUUAAAUUUGAUUCUUUUCUUUCAGAUUUAAAUUUCUCAGAAGAUCAAAUUAAGAGUUUAGCUUUGGCGGAUAUCAAAUCACUCAUGCGUAUCAAUGGAAGCUCCUUGACAAUAUUUAAGAUUUGAAAUGCCUUAUCAAUAAUAUAAUCUCCGUCUAUUGUUAAACGGUGGCUUUGAUUGCAAUUCUAUUUAUCUUUUAUGUUGUAUUUUAUUAAUAUUAAUUUAAAAUAUGUUAUUAUAAUUAAAUAACAAAGGCAUUUUUGUUCAAUACUUAAUAAUCUUUUGAUACCCUUCAUAUAUACAAUUUUUUCAUUAGGCGUUUUCCUUGGUCUUCUAAACUACAAAUUCUAGAACCUUGAAAUACAUUAUUACGUGCACAUGAGCUAGGCCUGGUGAGACAGUUGUGUGUGUUUUUUGGACACUUGCAGGUCUCUUGGCAACCAUGCAUAAUUUCAGUUAUUAAAUAAUCUCACCGGUUGGAAGAUACAUGCAUGUAUUCAAUAGUUUAAUAAAUUACGAAGUCAAUAAAAUUAAUAUUAAAAAAUCUGGUAUGGAUAUACAAAAAUCAAUUACACGUGGUCAUAAUGAUUCAUAUUCCAAUUUAUAUUCCAAAUUAAAUAUGUAAAAGUCACAUCUUAUUCCAACUAGGUAUGCAUAUUUAGUUAUGAUUACUCUUAUUUAUGCAUAUUUAGUUAUAGUAACUCUUAUUUAGUUAUGGUAACUCUUAUUUAUUACCAUAUUUAGUUAUGGUAACUCUUAUUUAGUUUUGGUAACUCUUAUUUAUUACCAUAUUUAGUUAUGGUAACUCUUACAAUUGCGUGACACGCAUGUCAUGUCGGUGACUUCGUGACUUCAAUAUUUCUUAAAGAUGUAAAUUUUACUUUUUUCACUCAAUUGUUUUGUAUAUUUCCCAUAAAUAGUAAAACACAAAAGGAAAGAAAUAAUUAUGGAAAAUAUAUAAUUCUCACGUGAAUUUGACCUAUUAUGCUACAUAUAGUAACUAUUACAAUUGCGUGUCACGCAUGUCAUGUCGGUUCGUGACUUCGAUAUUUCUUAGAGAUGUAAAUUUUACUUUUUCACUCAAUUGUUUUGUAUAUUUCCCAUUAAUAGAAAAACACAAAAGGAAAGAAAUAAUUAUGGAAAAUAUAUAAUUCUCACAUGAAUUUGACCUAUUAUGCUAUAUAUAUAUAUAUAUAUAUGAUAGACAACUUUAAAAUUCACUACCCAUAUUAAAAUUGCCCUCAAGUUUUACAAAGUUUAUUGCAAUGUCGAUUAUAUCUAAGAAAAACAAUUCCUUUGUUCUUGUGAAAAACAUUGAUUCCGCUGAUGAAACACAAAAAAUCAAAGUGAAGGUUCUGGUCCUCUGGAAGACCUACAAGAGUUCUGGAAACACUCAUGAGAUGGUGUUGAUUGAUGAAGAGGGAUCAAAGAUUCAUGCUCAAGUUGAAGAAAACUUGAUGAAGAAACACCUAACUGUUCUGAAAGAAGGUGAAGCUGUGAGCAUCAAUACUUUCCAGUUGAAGGACUAUCUUGGAGAAUUUAGGACCAAUCCUUAUCCUUAUAAGAUUACAUUCUUCAGAACAACUAAGGUCAAAGCAGCUGAUGAUUUUCUCGAGUAUUAUCCAGAAAAAUAUUUUUCAAACUUUGAAGAGAUAUUAUCCGGAAAGCUAGACAAAAACAUUUUGGUCGAUGUGAUUGGUCAAAUUGUGAAUAUUGGACCAAUGGAGCAGAUAAAAACAAAGGGGAAGGAUAACUCAAAGCUUGACAAUAUUCUACGAGAUACAAUAUACAUAUCAGCAUGUGAGCUACUUGGAGAACUCUUGCUUUUCCUACUCAUUAUCGGACUACAUCAGUAGAAAAACUAUCAUUCCAUCUCCCACGUCAACAACUGGUUGUUUACAAUGAAGAUGACCCCGUUGAAGAAGUACUAACCCGAAUUUCUGUCGGGAAGUCCAAGUUUGUAGCCUGGAUGGAGGCCAAUAAGAUAUAUCCAGAAUCAAAAAAUCUCACUUAUGCAGACUUCCCAUCGUACUUUGUCUGGCAUCUAAAACCAGAAUGUGGAAACCAAGGCGGAGGGGUUUUGCAAUCGGAAGGAUCACUUAUGUGCCACCAUCUUUAGGUGAAGU